AAGCCGAGGCCGUGGCGCCUCGGUGCUGCUUCGGGGCACCGACGUGUGUGCUCCAGAGUUGUGCUCGGUCUGUGCUAACUCAGUGUCGACCGAUCGGUACCAACGCGAGGGCACCAGCCAGUUGUUCUCCAGCCGCGCCCGUUCGCCGUGUCUCCGCGAGUGUGUUCCGUCAGUAUUAACGUAUCGAUCGUGUUAGGUGAUCCGUCAUCGACGACGCGAGAUUAGUUCCUCGACUAGAGACGUGUGUUUUACAAUAAUCACGGAAGCUUGCUUUCGAAAAGAAGAGAGCAGCGAGAAGAGAUCACUCAUCGGAAAGACGACGCUUACGUGUCAGCAUUUUCUUUUUGCCACUCACAAUCAGUGCCGGGCCUCGUGGGUCCCGGGUCGAUCUCUCUUUUACAUUCGAAGGAUCCGAACGAGAGGCAAUCGUAGAGGACACCUGCCGGUUGCGGCAGGUCACGAAGAACAGGUUUGAAGAUGGCCUACAUUGUUGAGCCUUAUCGGUAAAGGAGGAACCAACUGGUCGCCGCACGAGCGACUUGACUAGAAAAGGAUUGGUGAAAUAGUUAAAACAAAAAAAAAAAGAAAAAAAAGAAAUAUGGGACAAGCAUGGUGCAAAGAGAGGACCUCCAAGGCCCAGGACUCCAAGUCCCCGUUGGAUCGGGUUUUCUUACGAUGCGCCCAUCGGAUUUAUCCAAGUUUGAAGGAGGAAGGCUCAGUUUUAGGAAGUGCUACGCAAAGAGUUACGAGCUCCGAAAUAGGAUACGCCGGCUCGCCACCAAGGGAGGUGCUUGCGAGAGGACGUAGCAUAGACUCCAUGGACAGGCCCUUUCAUCCCAGCGACUGGGUGGACGUUAAUCUAGAAGUGCCUAGCCCGCCGAGAGCGAGCUCGCCUCUCACGAAUUCAACCGCCGACACUAGUCUGUAUCCCGCUACCACACCUACAUCCAGCUGUUCCAAUCUAAAGGACGUAAUUCCCGUGCCACCUCCGAGGCGAAAAAAAAGAAACAGGAGCAGACCCUUGCCGCCAAAACCGGACGAGAUUCCUGAGAGCGUAAGCAACAAUUUGAGACGCGGCGAUACGUGCGAGGAACCGUUAUAUUUGUCGGUCAGAUCGCCAAAGACGAGUGCCGAUGACCGCGACGGUGACGUCGAGACGCGAGGAACGAUCUGUCCGGAAGAGCCCAAGCACGAAGGACGAAGGACGAAGGAGGUCUACGAGCAUAAAGUUAACGGCACCGGAAGGAUAAUAUCCAGCGAGGUGGUUUCCGGCAGGAGGACGUCCACCGACAAGAAAAGUUGGAGGACUUCGGAGUCGGGGCACCAUCACCGGAAAGUUGUUGAGAACGAGGAAUACGAGCGAUUCGCCGGGAGUCAGUCGAUCAAGGACUCUUCGACCCCUAAUCGCCAGGACAGACGGAAGUCGAAGGAGCUCGAGCAGCGGAUCAGGGAUCCCUCGAGGGACGACGAAAGACCGGAAGCAAAUACAAGGACGAAGAACUACAGCACCGUUAGCUUGCCGAAUUACGAUGAGUUGGACGUGUCUAGGCAUUCUGCGAAAAGUACGGCAGAGAACGAGAGAGGCACAGGGGAGAAAAUGAAGUCGAGGAGACCCGUCAGAAGCAGCACUGUCUCGCUUCCGGCCGAAUCUUUCCUGUCGCCUUUCUCCGAGAAAACCUGCGUACACAUCGAAGAUUAUAUCCCGCGACGUGGCAGCAUCGAGCACCUGUCGGUUCAUCAGGUGCUGGGGAAGCUGGGCUCCAGCGAGAACGAGGUCACCGACGGCGGAUUCAUGAAGUACGAUCCGCAUAAAUUGGAGGAUUGGGAUCUCAGCGACAUCAGUAAUUGCGACCCGAACCGGCGACUCUCCGGCGAGUUCCAGUAUUCGCCAGUGAUCCUUAACGACGAAACAGCAGAGAAAAGAUUUUCCAAGGAAACGGAUGUCGUCGAUUUUUCGCAACAUUCCGGGGAGGCCGAAACGACCGAGGUCGAAAUCUCGUGUGUCCGUCGAGAUUUGACUUCGCCGUUGCAGAAACCGGAAUCUUUCGGCCAGGCACCGUCACCGAUGUUUGAUUCUGAUAGAGAAUCCAAAUAUCCCGAUGAUUGGCUCACAGAUCGAGAUAGAUAUUUCGAUCCCCCCAAAAUGUCGGAAAUCUGUCACGUAUCACCGACUUGUGAGUUAGCGACGUCGUCAGUUAAAAGAGAGCCGUUCUUUUUGAACGAGGAACUUCAUCGCUCGGCUUUAGAUACGAUCGGAGGGUCCUGCAGGAACGGCGUCGUCAUCCGGGAAUCCGAUCGAUCCGACCAAUCGAGCCUGAUCUUCGGCCGUAAUCUGUCGAACGAGAGCGAACCAUACGACGAUCCGUACGAGUCGAAGGAGCUGCGUGCACAUUCCGACGUAACGAACAAGCUAAUCAGAACGAUAUCGGAGGAAUCGCUGCCGCAGGAGAUGCUGGAGGGAGUGGACGAGGAAAUCAUCGACUUCUUCGACGAGAAGUUAACCAAGGAUACGACCAACGAAUCGAAGAAGGAUUGCCAGCGGAUGAAGACGCCGCCGCCGAGUCCGGAACCGAGAAUCAAGGCUCAGAUCCUGGACAAUGAUCAUUCGACCUUGUUGAAGGUUCUGAAUGACGAGGCGGCUGACGGAAGCAACCUCAGCUCGAUGACGCCGAGCCUCACCGAGCUCGAGGCAGCGCUUUCGGACAUGUUAGAGAAGGAGGAUCAGCCCGACGAAACUGCAAAGAUGCGAGAAAAUACGAACGGAGAUUCGAAACAGACGGAGUCUAUGGAGAAGCUUCUCGAGCCAGAAAUAGUACCCGUAGACAAGCACAAUGCAGUCAAUAGAAGUAUGUCAGAUCAACAUAGUUCGGUUAGCGAUGACAUUCUAGUCGAUAAAACACUUGAGCAUAAGACGUCGGAUCUGUUGUCUGUGUCCUUGGAUCAAAUCCUCGGAGAUUCGACGUCGACGCCGAAGAAAAGAAAAGUGUCCUUCUGCAUCUGGGAAGAGAAAGUCGUGACGGACGACGAGGUCAAAAAUAAUGAAGAAUGUGAAGCGAAAAAUGUAAAUGAAACGACGAAUCUUGAUGUCAAGUCGUCUGAAUUUUUUGGAGAUGUUGAGAUUAAUAGCGCAAAGUCUGUUGGAGAAGUGCCUGAGAAGCCUAGCAGAUUAUUUCAAAAUUUGGAGAAUGUAGCUGAAGAUUUGACACAAAUUCCUACGCCGCCACGAAGAAAGAAUAAAAGUUUAAAUUCUACACAGGAAUCAGUCAGAAUUAUAGAAAAUUACCCCGAAGAUCCUGAUCCUCGUCCCAAUGAUAGACUUAUAUAAUAGAUUUAUAUAUUACGUAAUCUCGUAAUAUUUCUGUUGUUAUGUGAUUAUAUACGAUAACAUAAUUUUAAACUUUUUUUUGUGCCACAUAAAUCGUUAAUAAUACAUUUAAUAUAUUAGUUUGUGAUUGCUAUAACUGAUAACCAUUAAUGUGUAAUUAAUAAACAAAAAAAAACAAAAUUUUAACGCAUACAUUAUUUAAAUUCGAAUAUCUCUAAAAAAAUGUUGCCACAUUUGCACCAUUAUAUACACUUGUAUAUUAUUCACAAAAUA